AUGGCGUACGUCGUGAAGAUGGCUGUUGCUGUGGCAGCAAUGCCGCUCUUCGGAGCGCUUGCCCGUCCGUCCCCUCCUUCAGGCUGCCUCAAGAAACAGAACGACACACAGCUGUUGCCUAGCUACGACUACGUUGUUGUUGGCGCCGGUGCCAGUGGCCUCACAGUAGCCAACCGACUUUCCGAAGACCCAAAGGUGACUGUUCUCGUCAUUGAGGCGGGUGAACUUGACGAAGGCGAGGACUCCGUCAGGAUUCCUGGGCUUGCCGGUGGCGCGAUUGGGUCGAAAUACGACUGGAACACGACUUAUGUCGCCAACGACGCGCUGGGCGGCCGGGUCGUUCCGAUCCCCCAAGGAAAGGUAGUGGGCGGCUCAACCAAGCUCAACCGGAUGGUCUUCGACCGCGGGUCUAAAUCCGACUACGAUCGCUGGGAGAGCCUGGGAGCGAAAGGGUGGAACUGGGAGACUCUGCUCCCCUAUUUCAAAAAGAACGAAAAGUUCACGCCUCCGACUGCCGAGAUCGCGGCCGAAUGGGGCGUUGAGGUCGACGAUUCUGCCCAUGGAAACGACGGGCUGAUGCAGGUGACCUACUCGCCUUUCUUCUGGCCCACUACCAUCUGCUGCACAGAGUUCAUGAUCGACGCCGUCAAGGAGCUCGGCAUCACCAUCGCGAAGGACCAGGCCAACGGGAGCCCCAUCGGCGGUUACUUCUGCCCUCACAACCAGGACCCCAAGACCGCGACCCGUUCCUCUGCCCGGGAGGCCUACUACGACGGCUUCACCGAGCGCCCCAACCUGCACCUCCUGACAGGACGCCAGGUUACCAGGGUUGUCACCACUGGCAUGGGAGAUGCCGUCAAGGCGACUGGGGUCGAGUUCGCCGCCAGCAAGGAAGCCGAGGUCCAGACCGCCAACGUGAACAGAGAAGUGAUUCUUGCUGCUGGGACGUUCCACACCCCUCAGAUCCUCCAGGUUUCCGGCAUCGGCGAUCCCGCCCUCCACGCCAGCAUCAACGUGCCGACCGUCGUCGACCUCCCCGCCGUGGGCCAGAACCUCCACGAUCACGUCUUCUUGGCUGUGGUCAACACGAUCAACACCACCCUGUCCUCGAGCUCCCUGCUGCAGAGCAACGCCACCUUCGCCGCCGAGGCCCGGGCCCAGUACGACAGCCAGCAGAACGGCCCCCUGAGCUCCCCCACCGGCGACUUUCUCGCCUUUCUCCCUCUGUCCACCUACUCCAAGGCGGGCGAGACGCUCAGCUCCCAGGCCGCGGCCCAGGACGGGACCGCGUUCCUGCCCGCGGACACCCCGGCCGAGGUCGUCAGGGGAUACCAGGCGCAGCACAAGGUGCUCAACGAGCGUCUCCUGGCCGACGACUCGGCCCUCCUCGAGGUCAUCUGGGACGGCGGCGUGAUGGUCCUCGGCCUGCAGCACCCGUACUCGCGCGGCAGCCUCAAGGCCGCCUCCUCCAGCACCUUCGACGCGCCCCUCGGGGACGCCGCGUUCCUCAGGAACCCGCUCGACGUCUCCUUCAUGGUCGAGGCGGUCAAGUUCACCCGCACCCUCACGGCCACCGCCGCCAUCGGGGCGCUGCAGCCCUUCGAGGCCGUCCCCGGCGCCAACGUGACCGCCGACGCCGCCAUCGCCGACUUCGUCCGCCAGCAGAGCGCCACCCUGUUCCACCCCGUCGGCACCUGCAAGCUGGGCCCGAGGGAGGAGGGCGGCGUCGUCGACGCCGAGCUGAGGGUCUACGGCGUCAGCGGCCUGCGCGUGGUGGACGCCAGCGUCAUGCCCCUGGUGCCCGCGACGCACAUCAUGACCACGGUCUACGCCGUUGCCGAGAAGGCAGCAGAUAUCAUCCGUGACCGUGCGGCGUAG